AUGUUAUCUCAAUUAGUUGCUAAGCGUACCUUACAAUCGUCCGUCAGACAAUUCUCCACCGCCAGAGUUGCAUUAGGUACUGAUUCUCCAAAUGCCAACAACGACGCAUUCUCCGAAAGGGAAAAGGCUCAAGAAAACGUCUACGUCAAGAAGCAUGAAGCCGAACAAUUAAAAGCCUUAAGAGAAAAGUUACAACAACAAAAGGAAAGUAUUAACAAGUUAGAGGACGAAAUCAACAAUAUCAAGAAAUAA